CGCUGUCCCCCAGACAUGGUAGGUCACCUCCAGCUGCAAGGGAUGGACGAGAGCCUGAAGGAGAAGAGCCGGGAAGGCUUGCUGGACAGUCCGGACUCGGGGCUGCCCCCCAGCCCCAGCCCCCCCUUCUACUCCCUGUCGCCCGGUGAGGGUCGAGCAGGGGGCAGCGGCGGUGCGGAACCCCCGGCCCCGGGCCACCGGCGAGAAGCCAAGGACGGCAAAGUGAUGCCUUAUCUGCUUCUGAACCCGUCCAUGCCAGAGAUAAGGCCUCGAAUGUACCCGGUGUUUUUUGGAGAAAGCAUUGAGGUCAACCCUGAGCCCGUGCAGGAAAUCAGGUGCAAUUCCGAGGUGAAGUACGACUCGGAGAAGCACUAUCGGGAUGACAUCUUCUACGGCCCCAUCCCCACCGUCACCACCUACAGCGAGACCAUCAUCGCCGCUCCCAACUGCACCUGGCGGAACUACAAGUCCCAGCUGAUCUUCGAGCCCCGCCAGAAGCCGGUGAGGUUUCAGAGCACGACCAUCAUUUUCCCUAAGCGUGCCAAGAACAUUUACCGGACCACCCUCAACUACAGCUUGGGUUGUGCCAAGCGCUGGUUUGCUUCCAGCGUGCAGCUGGAACUCUGUGAGGAAACCAAGCCGUGCUCGCUCGUGGCAACUGAAUAUUCAUGGCUGGAGAACAGCUCUCGGGUGAGGCUGAACUGGCUGGGAGGAGGCUUGCAGGGCACAGGAUGGUUUUGAUCAGUGAGAGGCUGGCUUGUAUUUUGCGACGUUCCUGACAUUCGCGAUCUGGAUUUUAUUUUUGGGUUUGUUUUUUUUUUAACCCUGGGUGUAUCUAUUUUUGGCUUGUGUUUAGAUGAAGUCAAGAUGACAAAGGACCCUGUUACCCAUAGCACAAUGAUGCCUUAUGAGCUCUGAGGGUCUCGUCUAGUACAUAGGUGAGAGUCACUGAAAGCUUCAGAGCUAUUUUGGUCUCUGCAAAGGGAAGACCAACUGCAGAGUCAGCGUCUGGUCAGCCCAGCACACACCAGGCCAGAUCUCUUUCAGAGCUGACACACAGAGGAGGAGGUUAUUUGUACCAGUACAUCACAGCUUGCUCCAACAGCUCAUCUGAGUGAGAGCUGCCCUAUUACAGCAGCUCAGUCACCCCACUUCCUGAGAGAAGUGGAGGCUGUCACAAGAAAAAGAGGAUUUAAACAAGUCCUCCAGCUCUUGCUAGCAGCUGGAUGUUUGUAUACCAUAGAAGGCGCAGCA